ACCCCUCCUGGUCCGCUGAGAGCUGUGUCGGGCGUGUUUUUGUGCUGAACUUGACCGCCGGGCAGUCUGCGCGCUUCAGCAGGUGAAUGGCAGCCGCGGCAGCGAGCAGUCGUGCCCCGCAUAGAUGAAGCGAGAAGAGCCUCCCAGUAGACAUGGGGACUGAAUGGGACGGCAUGCUGCGUCUGGCGGCGGAAGCUUUCCGGGCGAGCAACUUCGAGCUGGCGGCGGAUAUUUACGAGUGCCAGCUGGCGUGCGUCGGGGACCCGGAGAGCCGGCGGGAGCUGAUGGUGAAGCGGGCUGACGCGCUCGCCUUCGGGGGCAAAGUGGCGGAGGCGUUCGAGGUGUACCGACGCGCCUCCGAGAUAGAGCGACUCCAGCCUGCCCACCUGUCCAACCUGGUGGACUACCUGUCGGACAGCAUCCGGAGGCAGGAGCGGGCGGGCGGCCGCCGGAGGACGGGCGCGGAGCGUGGCGGGCUGGAGGACUUCUCCUGCGGGAUGUGUUUGGGCUUCCUGUCCGAGCCGGUGACUCUGCCGUGCGGACACUGCUUCUGUAAGAGCUGCCUGGAGAGGGAGCGGGAGGAGAAGGAGCGGCCAGGGACGUGCGGGGAGUGCCGGGCCAGCUUGGGGGUGGCCGACCCGCACGCGUACAGGGUGAACGUGGUGCUCAGCAGCCUGCUGGUCAAGUGGUUCCCCGCCUUGCACCGGGCCGAGCGGCUGAGGCGGGAGGGGAACGGGCUGUACGCCGAGAGGAAGAUGGAAGCUGCGCUGGAGAAGUACAACCAAGCCAUACUGACAGCGCCCACGGACCACGUCCUGUUCAGUGGGCGCUCUCAGAUCCACUCCAGCCUGAAGCAGCAUGAACGGGCUCUGAGGGACGCCGAGACGGCCUGCAGACUCAUGCCCCUGUGGUCCAAGGUAGGGCGGGCCCCCCUUUCCCACGAGGGGUUGUUCAUCCGCUCACGGCUGGAACAGGAAGUGACGGGCUGUCUCCUACGACAGGGUCACGUGCGUAAGGCCCAGGCCCUGGUGUCGCUGGGCAGGACGGAGGACGCUCUGAGGGAGUACCUGAUCUGCCUGUCCAUAGAGCCGGAGUGUCGACUGGCCAAGGCGGAGGCCCACAAGCUUCUCAGUGACUUCCUGGCUCCGGUCACGGAUCAGGUUCCCCAGCACGUCUCGGACUGCACCAACUUCCUGUCUUCCAGAGCGCAUGUCAAGACCAGCAUCGCCGAACCUGUCCAGACCAUCCGCCCUGGCUCGCCAUCUUCAGAACCCCCUCCCGCGGCACCUGGGAGGUCGGGCUGGAGCUUUGGAAAAACCGAGUCGCAUCCCCUCAAACGGAAUCACAGGAGCGCGGAAGAGGAGGAGGAACCCCGGGAAGAAAUCAGCCCCCAGAAGAAGUUGAAGCGUGAGCCCACGCAGGGCCGGGAUCCCUUGGGCUCCGUGUCCAGUGACGUGUUGGACCCGACGGAUCUGGAGUGCUCCCUCUGCAUGAGGCUGUUCUACGAGCCGGUAACUACACCGUGCGGGCACACGUUCUGUCUCCAGUGUCUGGAGAGAUGUCUGGACCACAACCCCAAGUGUCCGCUGUGCAAGGAAGAGCUGUCUGAGUACUUGGUCCAGAGGCAGUACUGUAAGACGGUAUUAAUGGAGAGCCUAAUAUCCAAGUAUCUUCCCUCCGCGUUUCUUGAAAGGCAGAAAAUACACAAGGAGGAGAUGGCUGAGCUCUCCAACCUCAACAAGAGCGUGCCUAUCUUUGUGUGCACCAUGGCCUUCCCCACCGUGCCGUGUCCCCUCCACAUCUUCGAGCCCUGCUACCGACUGAUGAUCCGCCGCUGCAUGGAGACGGGAACCAACUGCUUCGGCAUGUGCCUGGGAGACGACCUCAAAGGGUUCGCCGGCUACGGGUGUCUGCUGGAGAUCCGCGACGUCAAGUUCUUCUCAGACGGCCGGUCGGUGGUGGACACGAUCGGUCGGCGGCGGUUUAAAAUCAUUCAGCACCACGAGCGGGACGGCUACAACACGGCCGACAUAGAGUACCUGGAGGACGUGAAGGUGGAGGGGAGAGCCGAGCGCGAGCUGCAGUCGCUGCACGAUGCGGUGUACGACCAGGCGCUGGUCUGGGUCAACUCUCUAAAAGCCGAGCAGAAGCAGCGCAUCGAGGGACACUUUGGACCAAUGCCCAAGAAAGACCCCGAGCUUCAGGCUAGCCCCAACGGACCCUCGUGGUGCUGGUGGCUCGUGGCCGUUCUCCCCUUAGAGGGCCGGGCCCAGCUGCCCUUCCUCGCCCUCACCUCCCUGAAGGAUCGCCUCAGCGGCAUCCGCAAGGUGCUCCUCUUCAUGUCGCAGUGCAGGCCCCGGUGACCGGACCGGUGCGGUCGACGCACAACCGCACUCCCCCCACCCCGCUUCCCUCAGAGCAGCUGACGGCCGCUUCUUCCGCUCAUCGCACAAAUGACAGCCGCCGUCGCGCUUCGACGGCAAACUUUCUGAAACAAGGAAACAUUAAGGAGUCUCUUAACCAGACAGCUUCCAUGCGGCACUUUCACUCGGCAGCAAAGCGCUGCCGGCGGGGGAGGCGCAGAGCUGAGCCGUGUUCGGAGUGCAUCACCAUGUGGGUCUCAGCGUGUUCAGCCACUUUGCUGCAGUUCGGUGUAACUGUGCUCACUCUGGUUCAGUCUUUGAAUGUUUUUUCUUUUUUUUUUUUUGAAAUCCUGUAAAAAGCCUGUUUCAUCUGUCCGGGUUCCACCGAUGCCCCCCGUGGGCCUCUUCCUUUUCCUUAGCAGCUACCAUCCAGCUUUAAGGUGACACCAAAACCAGUUCAGCUGCAUUUAAAUCCGUCACUCAGCUAUCUGUUGAAACGGACGUAAAACUAAAUGGAACCGAACGUGUGUUGUUUUUAUGUAAAGCGCAUUGAAGGCGCUAAUUUAUUAUAAAACACCAGGUUUUAAAUAUUACUCCAACGAUAACAUAAUAAGCUCACUUUUUGAAGGUGGCCAUUAAGAAAAAAGAUAAAUGUUGGCUUGUGAGUUCAACAAUGGGAAAUUAUUACUUUGAUUUUCAUAAUUAUGGCUUUAUAAUCACUUGGCAAGGACUUAGAAUAAUUAGGAGCUUGACUUGUAAAAUUAUGACUUCCAUCUCAAUUAUGACUGUUCAUCUCAUAAUUAUGUCUUACCGUUUUUAGUUUUUUUUUUUUUUUUUUUUUUUCUCCCAAGUAGCAGAAACGGGCUUCCUUUAGCUUCUGUCUUCCAUCCGUCCUCCUUCCUUGAUCCCACCAUUUGUCUCUUUUUCAUCCGGCUAAAUAACGUCAGACCGAACCUUUACGUAUGGUCUGCUUUAAGGCUCCCAAUCUUUUGCUGGACUCGUAUUUUUUUGUUAACCGUUAUUUAUUCCUUUGUUAUUUAUGCACGAGGUGACGUUGUUUACAUGACACAAUGAAAGAGACACUGAGCCGCUCACUUUCCUCUGAUCCACUGUCAGCCCUCUGGGUAUCGGCGUGAAGCUUUAAAAGGAACUCCUGACAGCUGCACUGGAGGAGGUUUCAUAGCUGACUUGAUAUGACCAUCCGUCUCAUUUGAAGAAGUUUCAGUCGACCUGUGGAUCUGAGAGCGAUCCCCAAAGGUGGGCAUUUUGCAGCGAGUAAAGGCCGGUGCCUUUUUAUACACAUACAAACGAGGAGAAGAUCAAUUUACAAACCAGGCUCAUUUCCAAGUCCCUUUAAUCUCAGUUUUCCUUAAAAGCAGGUUGACACGUUUUCCACCGUAGGUUCGAUAAGACGAGACUAGGGCAAACAGGUUUUAAGAGAAAAAAAUCCAGAGGCCUUGCUCCUUUCUGUGACGUGAUUGUUUUUACGUGCAAAAACAAAUCUUGGAAAAAACGCGAGAGAUUGUUUGGCGUUACCUCUUGAAAUCUUUUAUUUUGUAUACAAAAAGGUAUGAUUUUUUUUUUUUUACAAGUUUCUAAGUCAACAUAGUUCUUUGUAUUUAAUGUUUUUUUUUUUUCGCUUGUUGGUGUGUUUGUCCGGUGUGUCAAUGUACGUGAAGUGUCUUGUCAAUUCUUCCACAUUGUAAUGUCUUUGAAAGGGCCAAAGCAAUGUAAUACUGGACAUUAAAGAACCAUUAAAGAAUAUUGUAGAAGGCUGAAAUGCAAUUACUUGUAUUGUGUAUAUAUAGCACUUAGGCAUGGGCUGUAGUAACAGGUAAGAAUACCACUGUAUUUACAUAAUUUUAAACAAAAAUGGAUAUGAUUUGAUUUGGCAAUGCUCUUUUAGUUUCCAUACUGUGACCGUCUUGUGAGAGGAAAUAGUUCCAAACAGACAUUUUUUGCUAAUUAUCCUAAAAAAAAAGGUAAUUGACCCCUUAUAAUUAGUGUUUUUCAAUGCAAUUGAUAGAAGCAGAAAGACUGGUUCUGGUCCAGAACAGAAAAGGGAAUACGUGUUAAAUAUAGACUUGCCCAAUGUAUAUAAUUAAGAUAUAUCUGAUCUAUUGAUGAACUUGUGUUCAGAUUGAUACAUACAGGUUGGCAUUAAGAGAAAAUCUACCCAACACUAUAAUAAAAUCCUGUCUGCUCAUGCUCAGUGAGUAAAUAUGGGUAAGUCUCAGCUAUAUAAGGAUAUUUAAAUAAAUAUGUGUGUGUGUGUGUCUUCCUAAUGAAAUAAACACAUGUAGCAAUAAUAAAGUUUGGACAUUUUACAUAUA